UUCCGCCACCGGCUGCUCCGUGUUCUUCUCUCUCACCAUUCACCAACACCCCACCUUUCUUCUCCUUUCUCUGCAUUUCUUGUUGCUGUUUUCCACUGUGUUUCAUUCUCCCUUUUCAAAUGGCUAAAAAUCCCACCUCAGGCAAUUAUGAAGAUCUUCCCCUAAAUACAGGAGGAGCAGACAAUAAAAGUUCACUGGUGGUUUGCUUUGGGGAAAUGUUGAUUGACUUUGUGCCAAUAGUUGGUGGAGUUUCACUUGCAGAGGCACCGGCUUUCAAGAAAGCCCCUGGCGGUGCUCCUGCUAAUGUUGCUGUUGGCAUAUCGAAAUUGGGAGGUUCAUCCGCUUUUAUUGGCAAGGUUGGCGAUGAUGAGUUUGGUCAUAUGUUGGCUGACAUUUUGAAGAAAAACAAUGUCAACAAUUCUGGCAUGCGGUUUGAUCACAGUGCAAGGACUGCACUAGCAUUUAUUUCACUCAGAGCUGAUGGUGAACGAGAAUUUUUGUUUUUCCGUAAUCCAAGCGCUGAUAUGCUUUUCCGUGAAUCAGAACUUGAUUUAAAACUUCUUGAGCAGGCAAAAAUCUUUCACUAUGGUUCGAUUAGUUUGAUUGAGGAACCAUGUAGGUCAACUCAUCUUGCUGCAAUGACCAUUGCCAAAAAGGCUGGUAGCAUCCUUUCAUAUGAUCCGAAUCUUAGAUUGAAACUAUGGCCAUCAGCAGAGGCUGCUCAGAAGGGAAUAAUGAGUGUAUGGGACAAAGCAGAUAUCAUUAAGGUAAGUGAGGAUGAAAUUACAUUCUUAACUGGUGGUGAUGAUCCUUGUGAUGACAAUGUUGUGUUAAAGAAGCUUUUUCAUCCUAACCUCAAGCUUUUGCUCGUGACUGAAGGGUCAGAGGGUUGCAGAUAUUAUACUAAGAAAUUUCGGGGUAGGGUUGCUGGUAUUAAAGUUAAAGCUGUUGACACAACUGGUGCUGGUGAUGCAUUUGUAAGUGGGAUCCUCAGCAAUAUAGCUUCAGACAUAAAUCUCUAUCAGGACGAAAAACGGUUAAGAGAAGCUCUUGUUUUUGCAAAUGUAUGCGGCGCCCUCACAGUGAGAGAGAGAGGAGCGAUUCCGGCACUCCCCAACAAAGAGGCAGUCCUCAAGAUGUUGCAAAACAUCCCAGAAUGAUAAAAUGAGGCACAAACAACAAUCCUAGCUGAUGUAUUGUCCUUUCUUCAUUGUACUAAAACUAAUGGUUAGGAAUGGGCUGUUUCCUCUUUUAAUUUGUUUGUUGGUUUAGGCAUCUCUGCUCUUUUUCUUGUGAAGGAAAUGUUGCUAUAGCUUAUAAGCCCCACCAGGUUGGGUUAUGGUGCAUGAGAACUUGCAUAGGUGUUUUCAUUCAAGUGUUGUAAAUGCAAGAAUUAUGAAUAAAUUGUUUUGCUUCUAAAGGUAUAGUAAAGAAACUUUUUAAGUCC